CUACCAUCCCGAUCUUCUUGCUGCGCUGUCUCAUAGACUUCUUCUUCCUCACUUCAUCUUCGUUUUUACGGAUCAUUAAUCUUUUACAACCUGGUCACGCCACCCAGGCAUACCCGCAGUAGAGCUAGACUCGCUGCCUCUUCCUCAACUCAGCAGCUCGCAGAGAAGCAUCGCUGCGCCUCUCUUUUCUUCAUCCCUCUUCAGCUCUUUUCAACGCCUCUCCAGCUUUUCAAUCGCUGCGCAUGUUACAAUGACUUCUCGAGAGCCUCACCCGCCACGAGCCAAUCAAGGGCUUGUCGGCAAAGCAGCAGCAGCAGACACGCCUGGCCAGGGGGCAAACGCAGCACCCCAAGUCAAUGGGGCGCAGGACCGUGUCAGCCACGCUUUCUCAUCACAAGAGACGCCGCCGCUGCCGCCAAUCGGUGAUGGUCAACGUCAUCGUCCCCACCUGCCUAAUCUCAGGGGCGGCAGUGAAUGCAGGGUCGGAUAUAGCACCGGCGGCGUCGUGGGCGGCGAAUACGUUGACGGCGACGACGGCGACGACGGCGACGACGAUGCCAUACGAUCGAAUCAUCAUCAAGCUGAAGUCGCACCUCCGCGAUGGUCAGCUGCUUCACCGAUGAGCAUCUCACCAGACCUUCCACCUCGCUCAUUUGCACCUGUUAGCAAGGCCAACACGGCUGCCCCUGCCGCCACUUCUACCUCCUCUUUGGAGCCGCCCAUUGUACCCUCGUCCCAGUCGACAAGCUCAUCGGCAUCCUCCAGCAGCAUGGAGACGUCGACCCUGAUACCCUCAUUUCCGACGACGUCCUCUUCCUUCACUCCUUCAUCAUCUUCUUCUUCAAAGGUCCUCCCUGGCCUUGUGUCUAGUGGUGGCUCUUCUGCAGCAAGCAUGAUUCGAGCAGCUUCCCAGGCUGGACUGCAUUCUGUCAGCUCGGCUUUGGCGACACAGGCUGCUCAGAUCCAGGCUGGCAUGAGCGAGAGCGAGAGCCCGCCUGUCAAUGGCAACAGAGCUACGAUUACCGCAAGUGGCAGCAGCGACUCCUUUAGGCCUCGAAGCUCGCCUCAUCGCAGCGACGCCUUGCCGUUUCAGCAAGAACGCCGUCCAUCGAGCAACGCCGAAUACUCUGCGGCUAUGAAAGCGCAUCUCACCAGCGCGUUGCGAGGGGCCGAGCAGCUUUCGCUCGCUUCAACGUCGACCUCAAACACGUCGCUGACAGGGGCAGGCUCCCACAGUUGCGGACCGCCUUCGAUGGCUGUGCAGACGCAGAUGGCGGAGAUUGCUACCAGAACAGCUGCUGAGGAGGCAGAGAGACAACUGAGGGUGCAAGCACUGCUUCGAGUAGCGCGAGCGAAUGGGGGCAGCAACGACGAUGAUGAGCACUCGACAUCGUCCUUGUCUGCGCCUUCUUCUGGGCCAUCCCGCCUCGAAGCAGUCGGUCUCGGCCACAUAGCGCUCCCGUCUCAAGGGCUGGAGCAAUCGUGGGGUCGGAUGUCAGGACGAGGUGCGGAAGACGAUGUCAAAGACGUCAAGACCGCAGCAUCGGGUCGCCGACAGAAUGGUGCCGGGGUUCACCGUCCUGCACGCUUUUACGAUGCGACAGAUGCGAUGGCGGGAGUGCCCAGCUUACCAUUGAUGCCGAGCCCAGCUCCUGCUCUGAUGGACGCCCCUUCUUCACCGAUGCUCGAUCGCCUCAAUCUGCCGUAUCCUCACAAGCAUAGAGCGUCCUCAUCGCCGAUCUCGCCACCGCCACCACCGCCGCCGCUGGCGCAGGACAAGGCAGGUGCAGUCUCUAAUGAGCCGAGGAUCCUAUCUUUCGAAGUCGUGCAGACGCCGGGAGGAACAGCCCAAGCUGGUUGGUGGUUGGCAUCAGACGAAGGAGACGGCCGGCCAGGCGAAGCGUCUGCCGAGCCCUCUGCAUCCUCAGGACCACCAGCCUCCUCAUCGUCUUCGGUGUAUUUCAAACCUGGCUACACCCUAGACGGGCAAGCCUACGCUGCUCUGGCCACGCAGGCAGCCUAUGCGACGUCGCUCUUGACCACAACCGUCGCUCCUCAACCUCUGCCACCUGCUCAAGUCGGUCCCCAGCCAGUAAAGCAACUAGGCGGCGGCGGCGAAGACGACGACGACAGCCAGCAAGCUGGCGGGCCUUCCGCUGCGUGGCAGCCACUCGAACCUGCUCAGCAAGAGGCUAUCGCGUCUCAGCUCCGAGCUUGGGCUGGGCUGCAAGGACCACAAAAGCAAGCUGAAGCAAGGCAGUCUCUUGAGGACAGACAGCGACACCUGGCUAGCCAGCGUCAAAGCCCGAUUGCAGGGGCUGCAGCUACUGCGGCCGACCCAAACGAGGCAUCGCAAGCAGACUCCUUCUUCCCGCCCGACUUUGCCAGCCACUACAGGGCGCAACUGCAAAGCUUGGCUCAAGGCUACUACCAACAGCUUCACCUCGACGGCCUCAACAAGAGCCACUACGCUCAAGGAGCAGGGGAUCAGCACGAAGUCGGCUCGAGCAGCGGCGGUGCCCGCCAGCGUCGUCGCACUUCGCACGCUACCGUGGACGCCAGGGAAGCAGACAUUGCUCAGCUAUCGGCAGCAGUCGCAGCUCGCACAAAGACGCUCGGCGUACCAGCAGACUCGGUCGCAGCAGUCCUCACCAACGCCGCAGAGCCGCCACCGCCCGUGCCCGCCCAAGGCGCUCAGGAUCCCAUGCAGCUCUUGACAGCAGCCUCACAGGCAGCUGGCGUCGAUGCUCGCGCAGGCGUGGUUCUCGACCAGCUGUUGCGCUUUGCCCACGCGCUUUACCAGACUGGCAAUCAAUCGAUCAAAAAGCCAGACGGUUCGACCGCCACUCAGCUUCACCCCACACUCCUGCCUUUGCUGCACACUCUUCACAACCUUCACCCUCACCACCUCCCCACGCUCCUUCUCCUCUCCUGCGCCUACUACUCGGCAGGUGACCUGCCGGCCUCGCUCUACUGGAAUGACCAGAUCCUCAGCAUCGAUCCUCACUACGUAGAGGCCAUGAGCAACAUUGGCACCACUCUUCGCUCCCUGGGUCGAUGGAAGGAGGCAGAGAGCUGGUGGCACAAGGCGAUCCGUCUUCGACCUGGCUACUACGAUGCGGCAGAGAAUCUCCUCGGUGUUCUAUGCAGCCCAGCCAAAGGAGGUCCAGAGGGGAGUGGCAAGGGCGGCCCACGCUGGGAUGAAGCGCUCAAGCUAUGCGAGCAUGUCGAGUCGCAUGUGCUCGCGCUCCGCCCUUCGUCGUCGGAUGAUCGACUGCACAAGCUGCCUAACACCAAUGGCAGCACCAUCAGGAAAGGCGAUGAGCCGCUACACCUGCCGCGUAGCUUGAAUGUGGGCAAUUUGCCUCGCCUGCAGGGAAUCCUGUAUGCCAAGGGAAACCUCAAAUUCGCGCUGAUGGAGAGUGGCAUACCGGCUGCCCGAGACUACAUGAGGGCGGUCGAGCUGGUCGUCUCUACCUCUGAGUCCCGUGCCUACAGCUGUCGCGACCUCGUCACCGCCACCUGCGUCGCAGGCAUUGUCUCGACAGGCGUCAUGCUACCAGGAUCUGCAGCAGCAAGCGCGGCCGUCGAGAUGAUGCACGCCCUCGCUCUUGACCCAAGUGAUCCACAGACGACACAGCUGGCUACCUCGGGACAAUGGUCGAGGAUUGCGCCGGGAGGGCUACUUGCGCUCGUACACAGCGCGGGCGACAAUCUGGUCAAGACGAUGCUGCGACUCGGCGGUGGGCAACUUCCCAUGGUCAUGCUUCUCCCGGAGCCCGCCAUGAAGAUCACUCAUCAUCUCUUUGACGAGUACCAGGGCAGAUUGCCGUCCCUCGUCGCUGCUCGCCGAAAUCACGGCGAGGCGCACAAUCCCAAGGCAGUCCAGCAAUGUGUGCAGACGACGAGCACCAUCUUCCUCACUCUUUCGAAGCUAUUUCAAGACGCGACUGCCAACCCUGCGCCAUCGCAGCACGGUGUGCUCACCCUGGGCGGCAUCCCACCGUCGACCUCCCUCCUGCUGCCUCUUUACUACCUUGCCCUAGCCCUCAACCCCUCUGCGUCAACCUGCAACAACCUGGGCAUCCUCCUCAGCGGCCUUCCCGUCGUAACUGUCAUCGCCAACCCUGCCGGACAGCCGCAGACGGUUAAUGGACAGGGGCUCGCCAUGUGCUACUACCAAGCUGGCAUUUCCAUGGACAACACACAUCCUCAUUUGUACACCAAUCUGGGCUCACUUCUCAAGGAUCUCGGCCACCUGAAGGAGGCCAUUCAGAACUACGAGAAGGCGGUGCAUCUGCAUCCAACCUUUGAUGUUGCGCUCGCGAAUCUAGGAAACAGUCUGCGCGAUGCGAGUAGGACGGAGGAGGCGCUCCCGUACUAUCGCCGUGCGUUGGCUGCCAAUCCUUCUGCGCAGAUGCCGGAGGCCAUGUGCGGCUUGCUCAAUGGUUUGCUCUCACUCAGCGACUGGGACGAGGCCUUUGCCAAGCCGAACGGGCUACUCUACCAGACUGCUGCCCUCGUGGAGAAGCAGCUAAGUGAUGGUGCUCGCUAUGGGUCUGGGGCAUUGCAAGCUUCUAAUUCGCUGCAGAACUGGCUGCGCGUCAUCCUUGUCUCGAUCGGAGAUGGGCGCGAGGAGGUUGCGGCCAAGUGGGCACAGCAACUCAAGACCUUUUUUGGCCCGCUGGACCGCAGCAAACUGCAGAUCAACGAAGGUGGCUUCGUCAUCCGCCUGAUCGAGCACCUGCACAAGCGCAGUCAGCGCAGGUGGUAUCGGGAGCAUUAUGGGCAAGUGAGCAGCGCCACUUCACAGCAGCCUCGCAUCCAACCCACGCAGGGAGAUGUCGCUCGCUACCCGAAGAUCAACCUCCCCUCGGCCCUCGUCACGCCCAUGGUACCGACGGUCCUACCAUUUCACACCUUCUCCUACGGCAUCGAAGGCAUCAUGUCCGCCCGCGCCAUCCGCCUCAUCUCGCAUCGCAACGGCUUGCGCAUCUCCCAGACGAGCUUGAGUCAGCCGUGGCUACCUCCCCACGUUUAUCCACCUCCUCCACCCCCUGCACCCAAGAUCCGCGUUGGAUACGUCUCGAGCGACUUCAACAAUCACCCGCUCGCCCACCUGAUGCAAUCCGUCUUUGGGUUUCACGAUGCGAAGCGCUUCGAAGUCUUCCUGUACGCGACGACGGCCAGCGACAGUUCGCCGUACCGCAAGAAGAUUGAGGGAGAGGCGCAGCACUUCUAUGAUGUGUCGGCAUACUCGACGAGUCAGAUCAUCGAUCGAGUGCUUCACGAUGGGAUCCACAUCCUCAUGAACCUGAAUGGGUACACCAAGGGGGCGCGCAACGAAGUUUUCGCGGCCAGGCCGUGCCCGGUUCAGAUGCAGUUCAUGGGCUUCGCGGGCGGGAUGGCCAGCAGUUGGACCGACUACACGGUUGCGGACGAGAUCGUCUGCCCGCCCGAAGUCACCGCUGCGGAGCAGUGGAGGCAGAGGCUUACGAGCGAAGGAGGAGUGCGCCCCACCGACUUGCCCGGCGACAUCGACCCCGAGGAGUCCAGCAAUGCGUGGAUGUACACUGAACGCUUCAUCUACAUGCCCCACUCCUAUUUUGUCAACGACCACAAGCAAGGCUUCCGUGAGCCGGAGCUUCGUCGCUCUGACCUUCACGGUGGAGUCGUGCGCCCACACGAGAUGUCUCACACCGAGGCUUGGGCUGAGGAGGAGGAGCGUCGCUGGAAGGCGCGCAAGGAGUUGUUCCCUGGCUUGCCGGACGACUUCGUCGUGUUUGCCACCUUCAACCAGAUCUACAAGAUCGAACCAGUCGUCUUCCGCGCUUGGCUUGACGUCCUGCAGCGAGUGCCCAACUCGAUUCUGUGGCUCCUUCGCUUCCCAGCUGCGGGAGAGCCCAACAUCCUGCGCACGGCGAGGGAGUGGGCGGGGGAUGAGGUCUGCUCUCGCAUCGUCUUUACGGACGUGGCGCCCAAGGAGGAGCACAUCCGCCGCGGUAGGGUUGCGGACCUUUUCCUCGACACGUUUGAGGUCAACGCGCACACGACGGCAUGUGACUGCCUGUGGAGCGGUACGCCCAUCUUGACUUUGCCCAAGUGGAAGGCCAAGCAGGCUAGCUUGGUGGCAGCGAGUAUCGCGAGGGCGACGGGGUAUGGGGAGCAGAUGAUUGUGGGUAGUGUAGAGGAGUAUGUGACCAGGGCGGUCGAGCUUGCGCAGUCGGUGCGCUACGAGUAUGUAGGGGCCGAGGGCGAGAAGCUGGAGGAAAUAGCCGAGGCAGGAGCAAGCAUUGCGGCCUCGGAGCUGACGAGGGUAGGGGCGAGUGCACAGCUGGCUGCCCAGGCUCAACAGCAGGCUCAGGCGCAAGCUCAAGCCCAAGCCCAAGCUCAGGCUCAGUCCCGUGCUACCAACGGAGGCUCGUCCGCAGAGGCGCCUGUACCAGCUCCCGUAUCCGCCGCCCCACAGAAGGUCAACGAUACAGCCAAGCUCGUGGCGGCAGCCGUCGCUCCCUCCCGCGAGUCCAUCCGCCUGCCCAUCGGUCCUCAAGCUCCCAGUAGCACAUUCACUCGCCGCGGCUCAGGCCAGCUACUCGAGCUGCGUCGCAAUCUCUUCCUCCAUCGGGACACAAUGCCCUUGUUCGAUACGGAAGGAUGGGUGCGCGAUUUGGAACGCGGCUACGAGGAGGCGUGGCGACGCUGGGCUUUGGGCACGGACGUGGAAGAAAGUCAAGAGUGGGAUGCGCUGCAGAGUGAGGAUGAGCGAGCAGCCAGCAGCGGUCACAUCUUUGUUGGGCAGCUGGGCAGUGCGUGAGAGCGGGAGAGAGAGAGA